GGCUUCUUGUUCGCGAGCAUUUCAAAAUUUAAAGCACGUAGCGAAUCUACAUGAAAGUGUGUAUUGAUUGUAAACAGCAAAUUUAGAAAACGUCAUUAAUUGUGAUACACACUGAAAUAUUUACCAACUAUGGAAGCAAAACGGAGGGAGAGCAUGAAGAUGGAGAUAGGCCAGUGUUUAGAGCAAGCCCUAGACAAACUGAGAGAUAUCUGGAAUGAGAUAGGUAUUUGUGAGGACCAGAGGGUAGAACGCCAGAAUGUUGUUCUGCAUCACAUCCGUAACCUGCUGUCAGAGAUGGUGACAGAGGAGGAAUCCCUCAGGCAAAGACUCAUGAAGAGUGUGGCAUCAUCAACAGAGAAGGUCCACACGCUGUGUAUAGAAUUGGCACUUCAGCAAUAUGAGCCCGAGAGCGGGAUCUCCAUCUUACAGCUGGAGAAAGCGUUGAGACUCCAGGUGGAGCAGUUGAGCAAGGAGAAAUCAGAUAGACUAGGUGCCCUCGAGGGUCUGCAGAAGGUUGAACAGAACCUCUGCGACACCCUUUGUACCACACCGUAUUAUAUUCCGUCAGGGACGGUACCCUCACAGGAACAGCUUAGCAUCCUCAGAGAACACAUCGAUACACUCACAGCAGAAAAGGACCAGAGAUACAAAACAUUCACCAGCACGAAGAAGGAAAUCUUAGCCCUGAUGGAGCAUUUGGAACAAGGACCGGAGACAUCGUUUGAGAGAGAAAUCAUCUGUGAGGAAGAAGAGGCAUUUGUCCUCUCCAAGGAGAACAUACAAGCUCUGAAAGACCUUCAUCAAGAGCUUGAGUUCAAAGAUACAGAGAACAGGCACACAGCAGAGGAUUUAAGAGACAGAGUGACAGCUCUAUGGAACAGACUCACGAUCCCUCAGGAGGAGAGAGACGAGGCUUCACCAAGGCUUCAAGGACACAAACCAAGCAACCUUGCUACGCUCCGAGAAGAAGUUGAGAAGUUAGAGAUCUUAAAGAGACAGAAUCUGAAGAAGGUUGUAGAUGCCAUACGGUGUGAACUAGAGAGCUGGUGGGAUAAGUGUUUUUAUAGCAGGUCACAACGCAACCAGUUUGAGGCAUUUUAUGAAGAUGACAUCACCGAAGAUCUCCUGACGCUGCACGACGAGGAGCUGGUCAAGGUCAAAGGUCACUACGAGAGGAACCAGGAGAUGCUGGAUGCGGUCCGGAAGAGAGAGGACAUGUGGAAAAAGAUGCUGGAGUUUGAGAGGAAAGCAAAUGAUCCUAACCGUUUCAACAACCGAGGUGGAAAUCUCUUGGAGGAAGAAAGAAUCAGACGAAAACUCAACAAGGACCUUCCUAAGAUUGAAAGGAACCUCUCAGAAAGGAUAGAGGAAUACGAGCAACAGACUGGUGAAGAGUUCCUUGUGGAUGGGUGUAGGUUCAUGGACUAUGUAGCCGCCCAGUGGGCAGCUCAUGAAAACCAGAAGAAGGUCAUCAAGGAAGAAAGGCUGAAUGCUCGUAAACGUCAGACGGAAGCUGAGAUGCUCCAUGGUAGUAAACCAAACACCCCAGUCAAGAGGAGAUUUGUUGGUCUUACCCCAACCAAGACACCAAAGAGAUUAAGAGGGGCAAAUGGCAGUGUAGCUGCAUCCCCCAGACUUGGUGUGUCAUCUGUUCAUUCUAGCAUCAUGCCGUCCCCUAGAACUAGCCGGACCAAGCCCCCCACCGGAGCCUCUACCGCAAGGACCCCUAAGAAGCUGAGGAACACCCCUGCCCGGAACACCUACCGCAAGGUGCUCGGAGACAAGAACGGUAGUGGUUCGUCUUCUGCCUUUAGUACCAGCACGGUGUCCGGGGGUCAUACACAAUCUAAUAACAUGAGCACAUUGUCCGUCACAUCAUCCUGCGGAACAUAUACCGACUUUGCAAAGGAGCUUGAAUUGCAGAGUAGGAGGUACUGCCGUAGCAGCACAGUUGCGUCUCCAACAUGAGGACUCUCAGACGAGUGUACUUAGAGGGGAUCUAUAGGGCUGCACAUUACUUGAAAUGUACAUAAGGAAUGCAAAACUUCACCUUGCAUAUAACUGCAGACGUUGCACUGUCAUAACACGUGACGUCUUCAGCCCCCCCCCCCCUUUUUUUCUGUAUGUUUUGUUUUCAUAGACUUUCUAAUUUUUAAUACUGAUAGCGAUCUUUUUUUUUUCAUUUUUACACAGUAUUGCUUACAGUGUUGAUGCUGCUCAACUCUGUUGGUAGACAAAAAUCCAGAGGAAAAAUUGAGCAAAUCAGUCAUGAUUUGUGAAUUUUAUUGCAUUUCAUCAAACAUUUAUAAAUUGAGAAUUAAAAUAUACCAUUUGAUUGUUGAAGUGUAUGAAUGAUAAAGCAUAUGAUCAGUCGAUUGAAAUACUUAGAAUUUAGAAAAAUGUCUUCUGUUUAGAAAAAUUCUCAUUAAUGCUACAAUGAAUUUGGUUAAGCAUUCAAAAUAAACCUUACAUUAAAGUUUUUUUGCUAUUUCUAAGAAUAGAUCGCUAAAACAUGACUAUGAAAGAUGCGUAUUUAUUUAUUUCUUCUGAGAUGACAACUUUGCAAAUUACAUUUAUGCAAUAAUCUUAGUAGAUAUAGGACUAAUCAUAUAUGCCUUGCUCUUCUUUAUUUGUAAAUAUUUCCUGACUCUUUGACUUUGUAAAUAUUUUUAUUUGGGACACUUUUUGCUCAGAAAAGCAUUUACUUGCCUCCUCAAACGAGACUUGGUGACUACAGUUUGCAAUACAAGAACCAUACAAAUAGCAGGAGUAAAUUGCUCUUAAAUAUUUUCAGAAUAGCAUUAUAAAGUGUAAUUUAUCACAAAACAUCUUUAUUUGACAUUUCCUAAAUAAUUUAAUUGUGAAAUGAUAUAUUGUGUUCCUGGAGACAGACUAGUUGGGGAAAGAAUGUUUAAAAUGAUUGAAAAAGAAAUAAGAAAAACAAUAUCCUUGAUCUUUCCCUUCAUCAUCAAUUAAAAAAUUGAGAUUAAGCUUUGUUGAAAAUGCUGAUUUUAAAUGCACCAUUAUAGUGAAACAAAAUAGAUACAGUGAAACUUACUACAGUUAAGGCUGCAUAAAUAAACACGCUCUUCGUUGAAUAAUCACCUUAAUUGAGGCAAUUUUCAAAUAACGUUUUGCAUAAGCAUGUGUACAGUGUAUUAUCAUAUCAACCUCUUCUACAUGUACAAGUAACUCCAUUUCUCAUAAGUUGGACAGAUCUAUGUAGUGUCAAGAGAGUUUACUUUGGCAGACUCCCAUGCAGUUAUAUCUAUGUUAUCAGGACAACAUUAAUUCAAAUGUGACUUUAAUUUUUUAUUUGUAGCUCUGUUACCAUAGUAAUUGAUUUUUUCCAGAGAUGAGAUUUCACGAUCCAUGCUAAGAUCAUUCCUAUUACAAACUUUAUUUCAGAGUUCUAGAUCUUAACUAAUUCGGAGCCAGAACUCAAAAGAAAAAAGACUUCUUUUUAAAGUUUAAGUAAAUAUUCAAUGAUAUUAUCUUCUUACAUUUCAAUUUUCCAAAUGUGAUUGUGGAGUGUGGUGACCAUUUUUUUUUCCAUAUUUUUUUUUUUGGGGGGGGGGAAUCUGGGCCCACAUUUACAAUUGAUACGAUCAACCUCAACUAUAUGGAAAGCCAUCAAUGUCAUAAUUUUUUACUUCAGUAAAUGUACACAAUGUACUCUGUAAGCAAAGGGGAGCAUACUGAAUUGCCAAGAAAAAAAUUAUACAUGUGAAAAUACAUCACAUCUUGAAGAAACUUGCAUUUACAAUGUUGAAGAUGUUGGCUUGCCAUAGUUGUGGUUGAUUGCAUUGUAAGACGGGACCUGGACUAUUCAUUUGAGGACAUUUAACAAAGAAUAAUACUGCAUUUCAAUGCUUAACAUUGUGUUUUAUAUAAAGUAGCAAUCACAUUUCUUUUUUUCUUCAUUUUGCUUCCAAUCUGAAAGCAGCAUUGUAAUUGAACUUAACGAUACUUUUGCUCUGAUAUAUUAUAAAUAAAUCAAUAUGGAUUUAUUCUCCCAAUCUGGAAGCUACAGUAAAGUCCUUCGGUGUACACAGUAUCACAUGAUGUGUAAUUAGCAGCAUACAGGUACAUGUACACUAUUACUACAUUGUCCUAAAACACACAGGAAAUUGCCCAUUGGCUGUGCGUGUAUAUGCAGGUAAUUGAACUAGCGUAUCGUUGAGUAUGUUUGUAAGUGAACUAUGAAAGCCUUGCACUAGCUAGGAAACCCGCAAAUAUUGUCUUUCGCUAUCAUAUGAUCUUCUUUACAUGACCUAUGAUGCAAAGUCCAGUGUAAAACAUUAACCAUGUAUACUUGCCCUACUUUGCAAAGGGAAGCAUGUCACAAUAGUGUAAUUUCCGGUAAAGAGCCGAAAUCUGUCCAUGGUUUCAUUACAAAGACACCAAACAUGCUUAUAGUGUAUGAUAUUUCACCAUUCAUAACAACAUGUUUUUCUAUGAAAUUUUACCUGGAAGAGAUCAAUUUGUAAAAUGUAUUGCAAACUAACUUUUGUUUAAUAUGUCAUUUAAUUCCAUUAGUCAAAGUACAGUUUAGUUAUGUACAUGUAUAAUAGAAAAAUGAGAUGCAGAUGUAGAAUACAAGUAACUCAUGGUCAACAGUAUCAUGUUUAACUAAGGGGGUGUUGCAAGAAAAUAUUUGCGAUCAAUUGCAAAUAUUCUGUUGAUAGAUCAUUGUAAGCUGUAGCAAAUCAGACUAAACUUCUUGUUUCAAGGAGCAGAUUAGCAAUCGAUCACUAAUUUGCAAUUAAUUGCAAGACAUACGAUUGAUUUAGGAACCAAAAAUAGACUUGCGAUUGAUCGCAAGUUUCUUGCAACACCCCAUAAGACCUUCAGUAAGACAGGGGAGAUUGAACAAUUACACAGAAAUCAAUACAUACUUGUUACUUUCAUAAAAAAAUCAGAAAAAUCCAAACCAGCAUGUACCUUUUUUUAUUGAACAUUAAUUUUCUUUUCAGAAAAGGCCUUGUCAUGGUAAUAGGUUAUUUUUGUAGCACCAUGUACCGGAAAAUGUUUUGAAAAACAGGAAAAGAGCUGUUGGAUUGGAAGUCACAUGUUUUCAUGCAAUUCAAAGUGACAUGACGUCAGACCAUAUUAAGUACAAUCAUAAUGUAUCCAACCUCCCCCCACCCAGUAAUAUUUGGCUGAUGAUCGACAUGUAAAUAAUCACUAUUUUCAUAUUCCUUAAAUAUGAGACUAUCAAAAGUAUUCUAAACGAGGCAUUAAAUCAUUUCAAUAUUCAGAAGAUUCAACCUAUUUGGAGCUUGUGGGAAUUUCCAAAAAAGAGAACAUUGACAAGGAAGUUAUAUUGUAUUCAGUGGAAUAAGAAUUGUAAUUAUGGAACUCAAUAUGAUGUACAGUUGAUUUAUGACUAGUGUCAAUAAAGUAGAGCAUUCAUAUUCCUGAACGAGGCAUUAAAUCAUUUCAAUAUGAUGUUGAUAUAUUCAGAAGAUUCGACCUAUUUUGAGCUUGUGGGGAAUUUUCAAAAAGAGAACAUUGACAAGGAAGUUACAUGUACUAAUUCAGUGGAAUAAGAAUUGUAAUUAUGUAACUCAAUAUUAUGUGUAGUUGAUUUAUGACUAGUGUCAAUAAAGUAGUACCCUCCCACGCAGUAUCGAUAAGUGGGCAAUUAUUAGAAAAUAAUGAUAAAAAUAGAAAAUAUUGUUUAGAGAAGCAUCAAUGAUAUACCUUAGAAAUAAUUCAUUCAGUUCAAUUACAUAUCCAAAUCCACUGUAUUUUCAAGUUGAGGCAUUUCCAUUACCAUUGCAUUUGAAGGCCUUUUAAAGACAUGAAGCCCCAAAUUUAUUCUAAUGAACAUGUAUGGUAUUCUUUAUAUAUACCAUACAAAUACUAUUUUAAAAAACUGCUAGCAUCAGAAACAUAUCAUUGUAAAUAUUUUUAUCUUGUAGCCAUGUAUAUAGAAGUAUCUUUAAUCUGUAGCAUGUAUUGAAAAUUGCUGUAUCAAUUCUGUGUACAAACUCAAUUAUGAAUAUAAAGAGCUUUCCUGCGUAAAGAAA